CUUGUAUUUAAAUUAGCUCAGCGCGGAUAACUUGAAAAUAUUUCAGCUAGGAUGGAUUCUUCCCUCGUAGCAGACAGUAAUGGUUCUCUGGAUAAGGUGGAAGACAGUCAUGCUGAAGAUACCAAACAUGAACCUGAAGAAAAUAUCUCAGUUUCCGAAGAAGAGAUUAAGCAACCCGAGCGAAUAAACGGACAUGAAGUUGAUACUGGUGAGAAAAGACAACGUAAGAAGGUUCAGCGAUUAUCUGAAACAUGGAAUCGAGCCCAUCAGGCUAAGGCAGAAGAACGGAGUAAAGCAGUCCAAGCAGUCUCAGCUGCAUUCGAUGGGGCUACAGGAACAGCACUCGGUGAAAUCCCGCUCAUUGAAGUGGCUAUACGAAAAGUAAAACCUGCUAGCCUCAAAUUGUUGCACCUGAUAAUAUAUGGUAGACCUGGAAGUGCAAGUGAAGUACGUAGUAAUCUGCGCAAAUUUCGAGGUUUUGGUUUCGAAGUGGGUUCUGAACAGUACGAGAAAAAAUCAAUAUAUCUUCAACAACGUCCUGCUUGUGGUCUACGCGACGUUCUCCGUAUUCUAAGCUUAGAAGUUACAGGUACACGAGAACAAUUGGCCUCUCGUUUAUUGGAAUUUCUACUUAAACCAUCCGCUAAUUCUGUAAAAUAUAAAGGCAAAAUUGUCAAAAAACAUGGACAUAAAAAUAAAUCUAAAAUAGAUAUUACCUCGAAAAAAUCAAAAUCGAAAUCAUCCAAAAAAACUACUGCAUCAAGUGAAACUAGCCUAGAUAAUUCAAAUCAACAAGAUACUACUACUGAUGAUAUGUUAUCGAAAUCGGAUGAUUCAAUAAGUGAUGAUAGUGUAUCAAGUGUAGCUGAAUCAAUUGAAAAGAAAAAAAAGAAGCAACCAUUGAAGAAACGUGUCAAAAUUCAACAACAACAAAAACAAAAGCCUAUUAAAGCUGGUCUUAAACGAGCCAAAAAACGUGAACUUAGUGAUACCGAGGAAGAUGAAGAAGAAGAAGAUGACAUUGAUGAUGAGGAUGAGGAUGUUGAUGUUGAAAAAGAUUACAAACCUGUUUCAAGUAAAAUGAAGAAAGUACAUGAUUCCGAUGAAGAUAUGCCUUUGUCGAGUUUAACAUCAAAAAAUGCAACUAUUCCACCAACUGAUACUGAAUUAAAGAAAAAUAUAAUUGAUUUACUUAAAACAGUUAAUUUAGAAGAAACAUCUCUUAAAGUUGUUCGAGAAAAGGUAUUAUCUAUGGCUCCUGGUUUAACCGGUUUAAACAUUAUUCCAUUUCGUGUUGCUGCCUACGAUAAAACAAUUGGUAAAAUGUCAUUUUUCAAUCCAACACGUCCAUCAGAUUUCUUAUUUAUUUCUGGUACAAAAAUGCGUACAUUAGCUCGUGAAGGUAUGGAACCACCGAAUGGUUUUAUGGCAGACAAAGCAUGGAAAGUUUUAUCCGAUUAUUAUUGUCAAUUAAAUAAGACUGAAUAAGAAUGAAGAGAGUACAUUGUUAGUUAGUUUGUUUCUAUCUGAUGUGGGAAAAACGAAACUAUUCGUGUAUAUUUCUUCAACAUAUCCAAAUGUCUACACUCUUCCUAUUUUAUCUAGCUCUGUCUGUGUCUGUGGGUGUACACGUGGUUUAGAAAUCCAGGCAAAACAUAUACUCUCCACUGUCUUAUGUUGUAGUUUUUAAUUUUUAUUUUAAAACCAAAAAAAUUAAAACAUUUUAUUUUUCAUGAUUCUUCAUUUAUUUAUUAUUGGUUACUACAUAUUUUUUGUGAAUUUUUUU